CACGUUACUGUCAAAAAUAUUUUUGAAUGGUACCCUAGUUUAUUGGUCUCUGAUGGUACCCUAGAUAAAAUCUACAUUUUAUUGACUAACUUACAUAAAAGAAUGCAGUAUCUUUAUUCAUUGGAUGUUAACAAAGGUUAAUAAACUUCUGCAGUAAACCGCCUAUAGUAGUGUGUGCUAUGAACUAAAAUUACAAUAAAUACGAAAAGUGAUUACUGAUAAUAAUUUACCACUCUCCAUAAAAUCAAUAACUAAAGGUUCUCCUUAAUAAAGUAAGGAAACUACUAAGCCAGACUUUUUUAGCUUCCACUGACUAUAUUGUUAUCAUAAAUUCAUCAAAUAUCCACAGUACAAUAAUGGAGGAAUAUUCUCAAAUUAAGCCCAUGAAGUCAGAAGAAUAUAAUGCUAUAGUUGAAGAUUUUAAUAAAAUAACUCCUUUAAGCCGUAAAGCAGAGAAUGAAUUAAGAAAGAAAUAUCAACAUUUACCUCCUCCAACAUUGGGUAGUAUUAUAUCUUUAUUGGUGCAGAGAGCUAUGAAACAAAGUUAUAGAAAGUCACCACUGAUAUCAAGUAAAUAUCAAGAAUUUUAUGAAGGGGUCAUGCGAGAUAAAAAAGAAGAUAAUGUUAUUUUGCAACUCUCAGAAUCCCAAUUUAUCAGUCCUGCGUUAUUUGCCAGAUCUUUACUUCAAGGUGUCUUCUCAGAUUCAACAGUGGCAAAAAAAUGCAUCAAAGACACUACUCUUAUCGAUGACAAAGAUUUAGCAUAUCAAGUGUUUUUGGGUAUAAUGAAUGACAAUCAAUAUGGUCAGUAUGCCGAUAUAAUUAAACAAUCCAUUGGUUUGGAAUAUGAAUUACGACUAGAAAGAGAACUAAGGUUAAUGGAUAUAACGUUUUUGGAUGAAAGUAUUCUUAGAUCUAGAGGCUACGAUAAAACUCCCGACUUUAAACUAGACGUUCCUAUUGCUGUGGAUGAUUUUAUCGUGAACUGGGUUGAAAGUAAAGCUCUAUUCGGCGAUGAGGAAAAUCACUCGGGAUAUUUAAAGGAACAACUUUUAUGUUAUUGGAAUAGAUUUGGACCUGGUUUAGUCAUAUACUGGUUUGGAUAUUUAGAGACUUUGGAUUCAACUCCAGAGGUUAACAAUAUGUUUAUUUUGCGCACAAAAUUUCCAGAUAAAUCGAGUAUUACUCAAUACAAAAUGGACAUUUGA